AUGGACAUCAGAAAGUUCUUUGGACCUCAUACUGCUGUAAAAAAAUCAGCUGAGGCCACCAAGACUAAAGAUGUACCCCCGAAGAAAAAAGACAUUGUGCAGAACAAAGCUGUCACCCCAGGGAAUAAAGACAUCACCCAGAAAAACACAGAUGUGACCCCAAAGAAUAAAGACGUCACCCAGAAGAAUAAAGAUGUUAUACCAAAGAAUAAAGACAUCACACCAAAGAAUAAAGCUACGCUCUCCAGUGAUUCUAAGAAAAAUAAAAGACACUCAGUGGCAGAUUCAGCAGGGAAGAAGAAAAAAUCAUUACCAUCGUCUAAAAAACAAGCGGCCUCUGAUGAGGUUGCUGUGAUUAUUGACGACAGUCCAGAUGAGGAAGUUGUUACAAAUUCUGACUCAUCUUCAAAAAGAGACAAAAGUUCUAGUAAUUCUGCUGGCAAAACUAAAAUAAAAAGUAGAUCUAGCAAAGUUUCAUCUGUUGAUUCAUUUACUGGUCUCAAUAACGGAAAACGUGAAAAACAGGGAAAGUCAGCUCAAGGACAUGGGAAAGACAAAAGUGACGAUGAUAUUGACAUUGAAAAUGUUAACUCAAGUAACUCUUCUGUGUCAGGCUCCGGUCAAAGGAAAGAAAUCCAAUAA